AUGGGUGUUACGUCGGGCUCAUACGGACAUUUGUUAUUGCCUAUUUUACUAAAACUGUUGCCGGAAAAUUUAAUUCUAGAUUUUCAUAGAAAACGGGACUCAGAUAAAGAUACAGAAGUUACCGAGGUAAUCACGUUUAUUAAAGAUGAACUACGAUGUCGCGAAGCUACUAGUAUAAUAAACAACUCGUCAAACGAAAAUUCUCAAAACAAGCAUACUAAUUUCUCUCAAAGUAAGCGUAUGCCUUCGGCUGCUGCAUUAAAUACAACGGUAAAGCAACUCUGCAUAUUUUGCAAAGCUUCCGAACACACAGGAAUAAAUUGCACAAAAUUCUCUGAUGAACAAAAAAGAUAUAAAUUAAAAAAGGAAGGACGUUGCUAUAAGUGUUUUUUAAAACCUCAUUUGUCAUCAAAUUGCAAAUCAAAGCUUAUUCCUUGUUCAAAAUGUGAAAGUCGUGAUCAUAAUUAUUUAUUUUGCUUUAAAGAAAUUAAAGAUCAAAAUCUUGAGAAAGAUAAAAUUGGUGCAAUUGUGUCUAUGAUGUCGGAGCAAAGAGUUAAACAGAAUAAAUCUACGCUUUUACAAACUCUUUGUGUUUCUGUCUCUACUGGAAAUAGAUGCAUUCUAGCGAGGGUUCUUUGCGAUAGCGGGUCUGAAAAGUGUUUCGUGAAAAGUUCCUUAGUGAAAGAACUUAAAUUGAAAUCUAUUAGGAAAGAAAACUUGUUGAUUUACCCUUUUGGGCAAAGACAACCUUAUAAAUCUUGUUAUGAUGUGGUUGUUCUUGAACUUAAUAGUAUUCUACAACCAUGCAAUUCUAUUAAAAUAGAAGCUCUUGUAGUACCUGAAAUUACCGGGGCAAAAGUAAAACAUGUAGCAUUUGAAAUUAUAGAAACCAUGAGAAAAAGCGGAUAUACGCCAUCAGAUGUAGGUCUUGAAUCUGAAAUAAACGUAUUAUUAGGCUCUAAUUUCUUAUGGAAAAUUCAAAAGGGAAUUGUCGAAAAUUUCACAAAAGAAUUGUAUGUAGUGGAAACUAUAUUUGGUCAUACAGUGCAGGGAAGAACUGAUUCAAAUAAGAGGGACGUGAAUUGUUUAAGGGUUUCAGUUGGAAAUAUAAACACCCAGCUAAAAUCAUUUUGGGAUUUGGAAUCUCUUGGUAUUAUUGAAAAAAAUGAAGGUAACACUGCUAAUCUUGAUGCAGUAAAAGAAUUUCAAGCAAAUUCGAAAUUUGUAAACGGUCGUUAUGAAGCACGUUUAUUAUGGAAGGAUUCUCGUGAGUUACUUGGAAAUAAUUUGGAAGUAGCCAAAGUAAGGUUUUCUAAUUUAGAAAACAAACUCUUGAAAAACAAUUCAUUGUUUGAGGAUUAUAACUCUAUUUUACGGGAUCAAUUUGAUCAAGGUAUAAUACAACUUUGUCCUGAGGAAUUUGUUAAUAAUGACUGUUAUUACAUGCCGCAUAGACCUGUAAUUCGUGAAGAUAAAACUACUACAAAAACGCGUAUUGUUUUUGAUGCGUCAUCCAAACAAGCUGGAUAUUUAUCUCUAAAUGAAUGUCUAAGUCCCGGUUCAAAUUUAAACCCAAAUGUAUUAGACAUAAUUUUAAAGUUUCGUGAACAUAAAGUUGCAUUUUCUGCCGAUAUUGAAAAGGCUUUUCUUCAAAUUUCUAUCGCUGAAGAAGAUCGCAACUAUUUAAGAUUUCUAUACUAUAAUAAUUUUGAUAUUCAUGAAAAUAUAGUUCCUUACAAUAUGGCGAGAUGCUACUUCGAAAUACAUACGGAUUUUCUGACUUAUCCUCAAUGUUUUGGUCUUACGGUCCUCAUUCCUUGGCUACCUAGAACACCAGACAUAAUUCCAGUGGACUUCCUUAUUUGGGGAUUCUUAAAACAAGAAGAUUACAAAACAGAAGUAGCCAGUUUGCAGGAUUUGAGCAACCGGCUUGAUGGAACAAUUAAAGAGGAGAAUCUUGGGAGCAGCACUAAAUUUAUCAUGCAGUUUAUGACUCAAGAAAUCGAUAUGGCGAGGACCUAUAUCGAUCCGAUGAGACCCAAUCUCAGUCAAAUAAUGAAAUGGUAUUGGUAUUUCAAAUGGGCUGUGUGUCAUAAUGUGACAUGGGAUAUGUUCACUCUAGAAGACAGAUGA